GUUAGUUAGUGUACCUAUCAUACUACACUACUUACUUCCUAUUCUUGGCCGUGUUCCUCCAUUCUUCUCCUAUUUCCCUCUUCCCUUUUUCUCCACACUUUCUCGCAUCCUCAAUUCUCGCGGCUCUGUGACCUUGGAGACAACCCGAAUAAUACGUACGUCUGGUUGGGUUGAACUCCGCAAAAUCCCGCAUCAUGGUCGCAGAUACUACUUACUACGAUGCCCUGGGUGUGCCCCCCACGGCUACCGAAUUGGAAAUAAAAAAGGCAUACCGCAAGUUGGCCAUUGUCACUCACCCCGACAAGAACCCCGAUGACGAAACUGCGCAUGCGAGAUUCCAGGCGAUCGGAGAAGCCUACCAAGUCCUCAGCGAUGAAGAGCUACGAAAGCGAUAUGAUAAGUUUGGCAAGGAGGACGCGGUUCCCGGUGGUGGUUUCGAGGACCCGUCGGAGUUCUUUAGCAUGAUCUUUGGUGGCAAUGCGUUCGUCGACCUUAUCGGUGAGAUUUCGCUCAUGAAGGAUCUCACCACUACCAUGGAUAUCACCAUGCAGGAGAUGGAGGAGGAUGAGCUGGCUGCAUCUGCGGAGGAGAAACUUAAUAUUCAUAAUGAAGAGGCCAAAGCGGCGACCGGUACCGCCGCGGAGGGUACUGCUGCUGCACCGGCAGCUGCUCCUGCUCCUGCGGCUGAUGCCGCCGCUUCUGAACAUAUACCCGAAAAGGCAACCCCGACGCCCAGCUCUGGUACAAGUACGCCCCGUCGUUACCUCGGUCAACAGGCUAUCAUGGACAAGUCAGAGGAGGAGGCACGGAUGGAGGCAGCUGGUCUGUCUGCUGAGGAGAAGGAGCUGCGGAAGAAGGGGAAGAAGAAGGGUGCCUUGUCCCGGGAGCAGGAAGAGCGCUUGGCUGCGUAUGAACUGGAAAGGAAGAAGGCUCGGGAGGAACGAGUCAACACAUUAGCCACGAAGUUGGUGGAUAAGAUUAGUGUCUGGACUGAAACGGACAAGGGCGCGGACGUGACCCGCGCGUUCGAAGAGAAGAUCCGCCUCGAGGUGGAGAAUCUGAAGAUGGAGUCGUUUGGUCUUGAAAUCCUUCAUGCGAUCGGUCAGACAUACAUCCAAAAGGGUAGCUCGUUUCUCAAAUCACAGAAGUUCCUUGGUAUCUCCGGUUUCUUCUCCCGCCUGAAGGACAAGGGCACCCUCGCCAAAGAGACAUGGACCACCAUUUCGACUGCCAUCGAUGCACAGAUGACCAUGGAAGAGAUGGCAAAGCUGGAAGAGCGCGGUGGCGAAGACUGGACCGACGAGAAGAGAGCUGAGUACGAGAAGAAGGUCACGGGCAAGAUCCUGGCGGCUGCUUGGCGCGGAAGCAAGUUCGAGAUUCAGAGUGUGCUGCGCGAUGUAUGCGAUCAAGUUCUUGGCGACAAGAAGGUCAAGUUGGACAAACGUGUUGAACGUGCUCAUGCCUUGGUCAUUGCGGGUAAUAUUUAUCAAAAAGCGGAGCGCGACCCAGAGGAAGAGGGAGACUACAUGGCAUUCGAGCAACUUAUGGCGGAUGCCAUGACGAAGAAGGGCAAGGAUGAAAAGAAGAAGAAGGAGAAGAAGCCCAAGCAUGAACACGAAGAAUCCACCGCUUAGAUACCUCUUUUCCAUACGUAAUCCAUUACCCCCCCUUUUUUUUUUUGUGCAUACUUUACUAUGCUCACUCUCCCAUUUUUAAUGUACCAUUCUUCUUGUACCCUCGUACUCUAGCGUUGUCUGAUCGUUCCUGGGCGGAUUAGAUUGUUGGAUACCUACCUGUUCUACCUUACACUGUAGCAGUCCGCACCUCAACCUACGCACCAUGGUCGAAAUCGCAUAUCUAGGUUGUAAUAUUAUUUUUUCUAUUUUUACUUUCUUUUUUUUUGGACAUUUUAACACUUUGUUUGGUCUUCAAUAUAGUUGGUGCAUCCUUUCUUACCGGUCUUGAUAUGGGUAUAGGUUGACCGAUAUAUAUAUCUGACCGGGCGGGGGAGCGGAGUG